GAACCUCCAACCCCUCUUCCCACCUCUGAGGGAAAGCACAGCUGGGUGAGCAAGACUGCUGGAGCUGACUUAAACAACUUUUUUUCUUCAUUUAAUGCACCAUUUCAUGGUUCCAGCUCCUUGUGUGAGCUCUGAUAGCGAAGAAAUUCUUAUAGGAGUCUGGCAAGGAUCAUACUUACUGACUGUGAAAGCCAACAGACUAAAAUGCGGCUGUUUGCACUUGUGUUAAUAACCGUCUUCUCACAUCAAACCUGCUCUGAGGAUUUUAAUAGCUGCCCUAAAGGAUGUGAAUGCACAGAAUGGAAGGGGUAUUAUGUUUCGUGUACAGAUAUUGGUACCAUGCCUAGGUUUCCUGGAAACACAGAGACACUACAUCUUUAUGAAACAAGGCUGAGCUCUGUUCCUCAAGAUGCAUUUGUCAACAUGGUGAACAUCUCAUUAAUUUAUCUCUCAGUUGAUGUCACAUUAAGACGUUUAGAGAAGCAUUCAUUUUACGCCCUAAAGAAGAUUACACAUAUUGAAAUAAGAAACACCAGAAGUCUAACAACCAUUGAUCCUGAAGCCUUUAAGGAUCUACCAAAGUUAAAAUACUUAGGUUUGUUCAAUACAGGUCUCACCAUUUUUCCUGCACUGACAAGGAUCCACUCUGAGGAGUUAUCUUUUAUGCUAGAAAUUACUGAUAACAUUUACAUCUCUGAAAUUCCUGCAAAUGCGUUCCAAGGUAUUACUAAAGAUAUGCUAACAGUAAUGCUAUACAGUAAUGGCUUUGCUAAAAUCCAACACCACGCCUUCAAUGGGACAAGCCUAGAUGCUGUAUAUCUUCACCGAAACGGACGACUUACCUAUCUGAGUGAAGACAUGUUUACAGAAACCAUUAGUGGUCCUGUGCUGCUUGAUCUUUCAGACUCCAGAGUUACAUCGCUUCCAUCGAGGGGACUGGAGACACUCCGGGAACUCAGUGCUCGAAAUGUUUGGUCUCUUAAAAAGCUCCCACCAGUUGAAACUUUCAGACAUCUGAUUAGUGCUGAUAUGACUUAUCCUAGUCACUGCUGUGCCUUCAAGAACCUUAAGAAAAAGAAACGGUACUUGGAUUACAUCAUUUGUAACUUGACUGCGAAGCAUGGCCGAGACAUUAAAAGAUUAGCCACUGUUACAGUUCCAGCUCUCAUGGAUGGAAUAGACAAAGGCAUUGACAUGAGUGACUCCCUACUGAGAAAAACCUAUGACCACCAUGACUUCCUAAGUAACCUACAUUAUCCUGACCUUCUUGGUGAGCAUUCUUACCAUGAUAUGGGAUUUGGGGACGCACUAAAGAAUCCUCAGGUAUCCACCAGCCAGGACAUUGAUAGUCAUUAUGAUUAUGUUAUAUGUGAGGAUGGAGAAACCGUGACAUGCACCCCAGCUCCUGAUGACUUCAACCCUUGCGAGGACAUCAUGGGUUUCAGCUUCCUCAGGGUAUCUGUUUGGUUUGUCAGUUUGUUGGCUGUAUUUGGAAAUUCAGUGGUACUCUUUGUGCUGCUGACCAGUCAUUACAAACUCUCAGUUUCCCGCUUCCUUAUGUGUCACCUCGCCUUUGCUGACUUGUGCUUGGGCAUCUAUCUGCUUUUCAUUGCCUCGGUAGAUCUUUACACACAGUCAGAAUACUAUAAUCAUGCGAUAGACUGGCAGACAGGACCAUGGUGUACUGUUGCUGGAGUUAUCUCAAUCUUUGCAAGUGAGUUGUCAGUUUACACUUUGACCACUAUCACUCUGGAGCGCUGGCAUGCCAUCAAUUUUGCAAUGCAAUUAGAUCGUAAGCUGCAUCUGUCCCAUGCAUCUGCUGUCAUGCUAGUGGGUUGGAUCUUAAGCCUCUUGCUUGCCCUUAUGCCUGUGUUGGGGGUGAGCAGUUACCAAAAGGUCAGCAUAUGUUUGCCCAUGAGCACUGAGAAUUUGUUGGACCAGGUGUACAUUUUAUUUAUGUUAGUCAUCAACAUUGUAGCCUUUGUUGUCAUCUGUGCAUGCUAUGUUAAGAUCUAUUAUGCAGUACACAAUCCCACUUACACCUCAGCCAGCAAAGACAGCAGUAUUGCUAAGCGAAUGGCUGUGCUAAUUUUCACUGACUUUCUCUGUAUUGCACCAAUCUCCUUCUAUGCCAUAUCAGCAGCACUAGAUCAUCCACUCAUAUCAAUUUCAAACUCCAAGAUCCUGCUGGUGCUCUUCUACCCUCUGAACUCAUGCGCUAACCCUUUUCUUUAUGCUGUAUUUACCAAGGCAUUUCAGGGUGAUGUAUUUAUCUUGCUUAGCAAGAUUGGCCUGUGUGAGAAGAAGGCCCAACUGUACCGAGGCCAAACCAUCUCCACAAAAGCAAGCAGCAGAGACACUAACAGUCAUGGAAUAAACACAGAAAUCCUAAAACGAUGGAAUGUUCAGGCCACUGCUACCUGUAACCAAUCCGGUAUCAAAAAAGACACUAACACAUCAAGAGGCAGGAAAUGUAAACCUACUGGCCAUAAAUUCAAGCAAAUCAAAGCGAUGAACUCAUGUGGUGUAUUUUGUUAAGCACUAGAUGUUAGAUACAAUAAAUCUGUUAAAAUGUUAAAGGUAGUUUACAAAUGUAGUGAAAGUUGCAUUAGGGUGAAAAAGUUUAAACACUUUCUUGUGUUUCCUGUGUUGAUGAACAGGUUUUCCAAUUUUAUUGCCCUGGUUUGUUAAGCUCAUGAUCCCAGUCAGGCGCUGGCUUGCAUUGUUUAUUGAAUUAUCUGAUUGUAUGUUUGUUUAAUUGUCUGAUUGUGUAAACUAGUCUGAAUAUGUGUAAAACUGAAUGAAAUUCAAUUCAAUUCAGUUUAAUUUAUAGAGCACUUUUAACAAUGGUCAUAGUUGCAAAGCAGCUUUACAGAAUAAAAAAGAAAUAAAAAUUA